GCUGAAGCGAUGGCUGCCGGCGGCGUGGAGCUUGUGAAGAAGAACACGAUGGUUAUUUUCUGCGCUCUGGCAGUCGUGGUGGCCCUGCUGAUGGCCACACAAGCAGCAGCAACGGCGGGCAACCAAGGCGCAGCACGCCGACUCCUGUAUAUCUUCAAGUGCCAGUAUCCCAAAUGCAACUGCAACACCUGCUCGAUAUAUAAUUGGGCGUGUUGCAGCACAUGCUGCUGAUUAAAAAAAAAGGUUAUAUGUGGUUGCUACGUUGUUUUAGCAGUCGUCGUCUUCAUCCCACGUCGUACGUUCUGAUGACAAUAAUUCAGAUUUCCUAUCAACCCUCAGUGUACUGUACGUACGCAUGCUUGAAU